CGCCGCCGCCCGCCAGUCAUCCUUGUUCGCUCGAACCGUUAACGUGUCCGCCUUUGCCGUUCAUCAGUUCGUACAUCACACGUUGAAUGUGUUAUUGUGUCUUACCCUGAUUUUUUGAGGACUUAGCCAUGUUUUAGUAGUGAUUUACUAAGACUUCGUAGCUUUCCGUUGGCAGACGAGUUCCAGCCUUUUUGGAUUUUACAAGCCUAAAAGAAGCCAAGAUGGGGGCCAUGUUCCGGAGUGAGGAGAUGGCGCUCUGUCAGUUGUUUAUACAACCUGAGGCGGCCUACCCCUCCAUCGCUUUACUGGGGGAAGCUGGCAUCGUACAGUUCAGAGAUCUGAAUUCUGAAGUGAAUGCGUUCCACCGCAAGUUCGUGUCAGAGGUGAGAAGAUGUGAUGAGAUGGAGCGUAAGCUUCGAUACAUUGAGGCUGAAGUUCUAAAGGAUAAAGUCGCCAUUCCUGAAUCAACGACCACUCCUAAAGCUCCUGUACCUAGGGAGAUCAUUGACCUGGAGGCUCACCUUGAGAGAACUGAAAGUGAAAUUUUGGAAUCAAGUCAUAAUGCUGUUAACUUAAAAUUUAACUAUCUUGAGCUAACAGAGUUGAAACAUUUGCUUGAAAAGACAACAACAUUCUUUCAGGAGUCUGUUCCUUUCCAACAGCAGGAAGGGGGGGCAGGUGACUCCCUCACCAAGGCUCUCAUAGCCGAUGAUACUCAGCAGAUCUCCCGAGGAAGACUGGGGUUUGUAGCUGGUGUCGUCCCACGUGAGAGGGUACCUGCGUUCGAGCGGAUGUUGUGGCGAAUCUCAAGAGGAAACGUAUUCUUACGACAAGCUGAGCUAGAAGAGCCGUUAGAAGAUCCUAACACAGGAAACCCCAUCUGGAAGACCGUGUUUGUGGCGUUCUUCCAAGGAGAACAACUCAAAUCUCGUGUAAAGAAGGUUUGCUCAGGAUUCCAUGCUUCCUUUUACCCUUGUCCUUCUACAUCUGCCGAGCGAAACGACAUGGUAAAAGGUGUCAAAGCCAGAUUGGAGGAUCUUAACUUGGUGUUGAAUCAAACGAAAGAUCAUAGACAACGUGUGUUGGUUACGGUCGCCAAGGAACUUCACAACUGGAGCGUCAUGGUGCGCAAAAUGAAGGCAAUCUAUCACACUCUCAAUCUGUUCAACAUGGAUGUGACCAAGAAGUGCCUCAUAGGGGAGUGCUGGGUCCCCGUCAAAGAUCUGCCGACAGUUAAAGAAGCUCUUGCUCAAGGCAGUACUGCUGUUGGUAGCUCGAUUCCAUCAUUCCUGAAUGUGAUUGAAACAUCUGAAGAUCCACCAACAUUCAACCGGACUAACAGAUUUACUCAGGGAUUCCAAAAUCUCAUCGACUCGUACGGCAUUGCCACUUACAGAGAGCUUAAUCCAGCUCUGUACACAAUCAUCACUUUUCCAUUCCUCUUCGCCAUCAUGUUUGGAGAUGCCGGCCACGGUCUUAUUUUAACUCUCUUUGGAGCUUGGAUGGUCAUUUGGGAACAGAGCCUUGCACGCAAGAAAAGUCACAAUGAGGUCUGGAAUAUCUUCUUUGGUGGACGCUACAUCAUUCUGUUGAUGGGCCUGUUCUCCAUGUACACUGGACUGAUCUACAAUGACGUUUUCUCCAAGAUGGUAAACAUCUUCGGUUCCAGUUGGAAGCUCAAUUAUAAUGCUACUAUGUUGAUGACCAACAAAGAUUUGACUCUGGAUCCAAGGGAAGAAUAUAUUCAAACACCUUAUCCUGUUGGAUUGGAUCCAGUUUGGCAGAGUGCUGCUAACAAGAUUGUCUUUCUCAAUUCUUACAAGAUGAAACUUUCGAUCAUAUUUGGAGUGGUCCACAUGAUGUUUGGAGUAACACUAAGCGUCAUCAAUCAUGUACAUUUUCGGCGGCCAAUGAACAUUCUCCUGGAAUAUCUUCCCCAGAUGAUCUUUCUCACACUUUUGUUUUUCUACAUGGUGGCUAUGAUGUUUAUCAAGUGGGUCUUGUACGCACCAAGGAAUGAACUGAAGACAGGACCGCGCUGUGCUCCUUCAGUACUCAUCCUAUUCAUAAACAUGAUGUUGUUUAAGCCAGGUUCUCCUUACGAGGGAUGUGAUGAAUUCAUGUUUGAAGGCCAGAAAUUAGUCCAGACGAUGUUUGUCAUCAUAGCCAUGCUUUGUGUGCCCAUCAUGUUGUUUGGUAAACCCAUCUACUUGCUCUGUUGUGGAGGACUCAAGAAGCACAGAAAAGUAGUAAUUUCUUACGAUGAACAGGCUGCCAGUAAUGGUGAUUUACGGGAUGGCAUCGAGCUCCAACCAUCCGGUCCUCCGGUCCCGGAACCUGAGGAACACGAUGAGAGUGAAGCACCAGCAGAAAUAUUAAUUCAUCAAGCCAUACACACCAUAGAGUAUGUCUUGAGCACAGUGAGCCACACGGCAUCUUACUUGCGACUAUGGGCGCUCUCCUUGGCACACGCUCAGUUGUCAGAAGUGCUAUGGAGCAUGGUGCUGAGAAAAGGCUUGGACACAGAGAGCCACUGGGGUGCUAUAACACUCUAUGUAUCCUUUGGAGCUUGGGCACUUUUCACCAUAGCCAUCUUGGUGAUGAUGGAGGGUUUAUCGGCCUUCCUACACACACUCAGGCUUCACUGGGUUGAGUUCAUGAGCAAAUUCUAUGAUGGGAGAGGCUACCUGUUCCAGCCGUUUUCCUUCAAGCAUAUUUUAGAAGCUGAAGAAAAUGCUGAUGCUGACUAAGUCAACUUUCAAAGUUUGCUUAUUUUUACAAAGAAGACAGAAACAUAAGCAAUAACUGAAGAUAUUUUAAUUGUUUUUCAACCAGUUACUUUGAGACAUUAAGUUUGAGAUAAACAAUACAUUCCUAAUAAAAAUAUUUACAAUUUAUAUUUGAACAGUUGUUUUAACUUAGCAUAGAUUGUAUAUUUGAAAUGUUGUAUUAUAAUGGUGCUACGUAUAGAUUUUAAUCAAACAAAAUGCCUUAUAAGGGACCAAGUCUUUUACCUUUCUUGUUACCUAUAGAGAAUUAUUUUACUGUGGCUUGUUAAUUCAGAUUCAAAAACUGAAGACUUUCUUAUUUUUCUUUUACCAUGUUGAUUGUUUUUAACAUUUUUACUCUUUCGAGUACUUACAGUUUCAGUAUUAAAGAAAAUUGUGAAUGUUUAUAGUAUUUUUAUUCUGUAGUUGUCUGGGGUUGUAUGUAGCAAGGGUUGAACCGUUUAAGUAAAUAAAUUAAUUCAUGUUAAA